AUGAAGCAAUUAUUUAUGUUCCGGAAAGGAAUUAUGAGAGUGCAACGGAUACAUGCAAGUCUCAGCCUUGUCAAUAAGACCAUCCGUGGAACCAUCACAGCCGAUAAGUCCACUCUUGAAGUGAUCAAUUCACUUCAACUGCAUCAGGUCUCGCUGGCGAAAUCUUGUCUGUCCCACAUGAUCAAAGAGUAA